AUGUUGACCCAAAUUCUGUUUGCAGUCCUGGCCUUUGCAGCCCAGGCCGAGGCAGUGAAUACUCGAUUUUGUGCGGCACACCACGCUCGUCUGAUAAAUUUGAGGCAGGAAGCAGCAGCUACCCCAUUCUGCAUCGGCUAUUUGUCAAUUGGCACGACAACCAUAACCAAGAACAGCAUUGUCACCGUCACAGAUAAUCCGAUAAUGGUUUUUGCUACAAUCACUGUUACAGUUACGGCAGAUGAUUUGACAUUACGGACAACCAGUGUUGUGUCGAGAAUCAUAUCAGCGUCAGCUGGGGCUACGGUUUUACAAGGCUGCUACUCACACCAAGUUCCAACGAAAAGAGACACGUCAUCAUACCGCGCCGAAAUCGGGUUUCUGCGGCCGUCCAACAUUCCCAUCGAUUGGCCUGACCCAGCAGUUUCUCUUGCGUGUUCCUGUCUGGCCAUCCCAAGUCCAACAAUAACCAAGAUCGUUGUGCAAUCAGGCAUCGUAGGUCACCUAUCAACCGCUACCUUCAGGCCGCUUACCACAAUUGGCACCUGGAUUGCCCAAAGGGUCGUACAAUCGACCGUAUUCCAGACAGUGACUUCUACAACGACAUUGACACGCGGCUUGGCGGCUCAACCGACUAAACUAUCGCCAGAGGGCCUCAGAUUUGGCGUUUUUGAUCAUCGAAUUCACACGGGAGGUGAAGAUAUUGCCGCAGCAGAUGAUCUAAGGUCUCACAAGAUUCUUGACUCUGGCACCAUACAAAAUCUCAAUUUCGACAUUGAUAUCCAGUCCCAGACCAUGUUCCUCGACGGGAGGAACAUGACGGCGCGAUGGAGAGGCAUCAACGCGGCAGGCUACUUUUUGGCGAGAACAGCAGGCACGUAUACCUUUAGCACCCCGCUGCAAGAGUUCUGGGACGAGGUCUUCUUUUGGCACGGCGACCUUGCCUACAACAAGUGGGGUGAUAAAAAUGCCGACUAUUUCGCCUGGAGGGACCGUUGGAAGAGCGGAGCGGUCAGUAUCACACUAUCGGCCGGCCAAGUCAUGCCUGUCCGCUACAUGUGGGUAAACUCUAACGCCGAUCUCGGCUUUUGUGACUGUGACAUAGAUUAUGGCUCGAGCCGGUUGUGGAUUACCACGCCCGAGGGACAGGUAGUCAAGGACUCUACUGGGUGGUUUAUCCGAGAUUGUUCGGAUGAUACUUUCAGUGGUAUAGCACAUAUCUAG